AUGGCCUGGGACGAAGAAAAGCAACAUGGUCAACCCGAAGAGCUCAUCUCGAGCAUACCAGACCGACCACAAAGACCCCUCACCGCAGACGAAAAGCUCGCAGCCACGCAAGUCAACGUAGACUCCAGAGUGCCAUCAAGCGAAAGUGGGAGUGAAAAUGACACCACGAACGUCUACAAUAACGUAACCGUCACCCAAGACAACGGGAUCCUCUCCAAGCUCCGCAACUUCGAAGCUCUGCUCGACCGCAACCUCGGCGUCGAGUCGGAAGCCAUCGAUAGGAAACUCCCACAGGACCGCAAACCGCAACCAUGGCAUGCACAGCUUAACAUGGCGUUGCUCUGGGCGAGCGGGACUAUGAAUGUCUCCUGCUUCGCGACAGGUCUCUUGGGCUGGGAGUUCGGCUUGUCACUCAAGCAAAGCAUCCUGAUCGUCGUCUUCGCCUCUUUGCUCGGAGGCGCGGUCAGUGGAUUCUGCGCUACGAUGGGUGCCGCGACUGGACUCAGGCAGAUUUCGAUCGGGAGGUAUAGUAUGGGGUGGUGGCCGAAUAGGAUCAUUGCGGCGCUGAAUACAGUCCAGCAGAUCGGGUGGAGUGCUGUGGGGUGUAUUACUGGAGGGUUGGCGUUGACUGCUGUGUCUGAUGGUGGGGUCUCAAUCAUUCCAGGAAUUAUCAUCAUCGCUUGCUGCAGUCUGGCGACCAGCUUCCUGGGAUUGAGGGCGAUUUUGGCGUAUGAGAAGUAUGCGUGGUUGGUGUACUUCACCAUCUUCUUGGUGAUCUUUGGCGAGACUGGGAGCUCUCCUGCUUCUGUGAAGGGCGCGGAUUUGAGUGGCACGGUCUUGUCGCUUCUGGCUAUCGUCUAUGGAUCCUCGGCUUCGUGGGCUACGAUUGCGAGCGACUACUACGUUCACUAUGCUGUGGAUGUCAAUCGUACCAAGGUCUUCUUUAUGACGACUUUCGGAAUCGCGAUACCGACUAGCAUCGGCAUGAUGGCCGGCUGCGUCGCCAUGAACAACCGCCCAGACUGGAAGGACUCCUACGAGAACCGAGGCCUCGGAUUCCUCAUCAGGGACAUGCUGUACCCGAGCGGCUUCGCCAAGUUCAUACUGGUCCUACUGGUCCUUUCUGGCAUCAACAUGAACGUGCUCAACACCUACAGCGCGGGCCUAAGUUGCCAGCAAUUCUCGCGGCCAUUCUCCAAGAUCCCGCGUUUCAUCUGGACUAUUCUAUGCUUUGGCGUAAUCGUAGCAUUGGCUCUGGCUGGUAGAAAUCACCUUCUCACUUACCUGCAGAACUUCCUCAGUCUGCUCGGAUAUUGGUGCACGAGCUACGCCCUCUUCAGGAAGGGCAAGUUCGCGAACUACGAUCUGGAAGGCUGGAACGACCCAAGUCGACUGCCGCUGGGUAUUGCUGGCUUCACUGCGUUCGCACUUGGAGUGAUUGCGUGGGCCAUGGGCAUGGUGCAGACGUGGUAUGUUGGACCACUGGGCAGACUGAUUGGAAGCUCGGGUGGAGACGUCUCGAAUCAGUUCGCGCUUGUGGUGACUGCGUUGAGUUAUAUUCCGAUGCGUUAUCUGGAGCUGAAGUACUUUGGUAGGUAG